UGCACGUUUGAGCCAUAAAAGUCAUCAGCCAUUUUUGAGUUGUUUUCGAGUUUUACUGAAGUUUUGAAGGAAAUUACGACUAGGGAAUGGAUUGGAGUUAUCGAAAAACGAUUUUCUUGUGUCUGACCUUCGUAACGGUUGGUAGCGCACUUGUGGAAAAUUCAAAUUAUGAUGAGUUAGACUAUGAUCCCCAAGUGGCCAUUAAGUGUGGCAAAGUGACCAGGCACAUGGAUGUCAAUACUGGAAGCUGGGAAGCAGACAAGAACAGCACUAGUCUAUGUGCCACAACUAUGCAAGAAAUCCUGAAGUACUGUAAGGCCAUUUACCCAUCACAAGAUGUGAGGAAUGUUGUCGAGGGUAAUAAGGAGGUGUUAGUGGAUGGCAGCCUUGUCACUCCAUAUCGCUGUCUUGUUGGCCCUUUCGAGUCUGAUGCCUUACUGGUGCCUCCAAAAUGCCGCUUCGAGCACAUGCAUGACAACAGCAAUUGCCUCUCUCAUGACCAGUGGCACACCCGAGCUUCAGACAAAUGCCAGAAUGAAGGCAUGAUUGUGAAGGAUUACGGUGUCCUCAUUCCAUGUGGUACAGGAAAGUUUACUGGCGUGGAGUUUGUUUGUUGUCCUCAAGAUGCCAGUGAAGAAGUGGCUACUGAUGCUGCUAAGAUUGUACCAAUUUCUGAGGUGGUUAGCACAUCAAAGCCAACCAGUGUUUUGGAACACUUGAAACAAGCAAUCAGCAAGUUUGCAAAGCAUGUCGAAGGAAGCACAAUUGGUUGUGACCGACAGAAGUAUCAUGAGCGACGUGACAAACUGGAGGAGACCCACAAGGCAAAAAUCCAGAAAUUGAUUGACACGUGGAGAAAGUCUGAGAAACGAUACAAGUUGAUGAAAACGGAUGAUGAAGAUCUAGCAGCUGGUUCAAUUUCAGAGGACCUUCAGACCUUCAAUAAGAUGGUGAACUCCUUUGGAGAUCAGGCCAAGUUGGAGCGUGCCAGACUGAAGGAAGAGCAUCACCAGUGCACGCAGAUUGACCUUAAUGACAAAAAGAACAAAGCAUUGGGUGACUUUGUUGCUGCCCUACAGGAAGAACCUCGCGAUGACAACAAGAUUCUGCAAGCUGUACAGCGCUAUGUGAGAUUCUGCACCCAGGAUCGUCUACACAAUUUGCGUUACUUUGACUACGUGCUGAAGCACCAUCCAGAGAAAGCCGAGGAAGCCCGAGAAUCUCUGCAAAACCACUUGAAACGUAUCAAUAAUCUUGUGAAUGAGUCCAUGGUACUGCUGUACAAGCUGCCAGGCAUCGCACGCAAGUUUCAAAUGGAAUUGCCAGACUGGAUCCCAAAACCACCUGCCCUGCCCACAGAGGCACCAACAGUGGAGAAAAGCUCUGCUGCCAAAGAUCCCACAGACCCACCAAGCCAUGUUGGAAGUAAACCAGCAGCCACUGACAUGAUGGCCGGCGGCGAAGGUAAACAUGUUGACGAAGAUGUGCCUGAGGUUAAAAAACCAUUCAGGAAGCCAGGUAAAACUGCAGCUUUAAAGAAAGCAAAUGAUAAUGAUGACUAUAACGACGAUGACGAAGACGUCGCCGAGGAUGAGAACGGACCCUUCAGAAAGAACCAUUCACGAGCCACCUUCUCUGCUGUUAUUGGCCUCAGCUGUGGUGCCUUGGUCAUCAUGAUCAUCAUCGUGGUUGCCAUGGCCAUGCGCCGAACGCGCCUUAGCAACAACACAAAGACAGUUCUCGUCGACGAGGACGGAGAAGGUACCUCUGAGAAGAGCCACCUCGUUAACAUGCAAGAGAAUGGAUACGAAAACCCAACUUACAGGUUUUACGAUUACUGAGUAGCGUGCUGAUUGACUUGUGUCAUUUUGAGAAACUCUUCUUUUCUGGGUCUAAACCCGUGUUAUCAACUGCUUUCAAUACUGUUGACCGGUGGAGGUGCUCUUGAGACUCUCCCAUUGUAUAUCUAUAAAAUGCGAUUUGUUAUAUGAUAAAAGAUGUCUUUCAGAGCACAAACGAUGCACUUAACGCAAGUAGACCUAAGGCCUAAAGCGCCAAUCUUUUUAUAAUAGUACUAGUAUACUGAGCGGCUUCUUUCAAGAGAGGGUUUAUUCUUCACAAAGCAAAGGCUACGUAGUUGUUAAAAAUCGGCUAUUUUCAGAUUAGCAGUCGUCGUAGAGAUCAGUGCUAAUCUUCUACUACAACUCUCUGAGUUACUCUCAUUUGCACUAGAUGUCGCACUUAAGUUUAAAUGUUCACUCUGAAGAAAGAUUUUAAGUCCAAUUGUUACGCGCGUGGGACACGAAAAACACAUUUUCCUCCUUCAUUGAUUUGAUUUUUCUUCUCUUCUUCGUUAAAUCUGAGCAUGAAAGGAAAGUUGAAGUCAGACCCUACAUUUCUAACCAGUAAACCCUCUCAGGUCGAAGCCUUGUUGUAGAUUUUAUAGUAUAUACCAAGGGAAUUAAUCGUAAGUUAGACACAGUAUUUAAACCCAAACACUUCCUUGUAAACUGAACAGUAUUUAUUGGGAGGUGAACCGUAAGUUAGCUUCGAGAUUAGUUUGCCCUUGUAAUUUUCAAUUUAUUGAAGUCAACUUUGUCUUUUGAAGAGGUCUGGUAUGGCCCCAACUUCGAGCUCGAUCGGGAAAUUCAUGUAAACGAAGGACGCGGUCGAAUCGUGGGAAGUUGAUCCGCACGAAGGACGCGGUCGAACUGCAAAAAAAGCUGCGAUAAUUGUGUGUUCAGUGGGAAUACUACAUCAAAUGGAACUCGUUUGUAGGUUUGACGGUCCCUCAGAGAUUGAGUUGACUUACAAGUUCAGCUAAUCAUGUAUUGCGUUGACGAAAAUAAAGGCGUUGAUUUUUUUUGAGGCUGCAACAACUUUAUGAAAAUUAGUAUCCACAACAAGAACAGCUUCUACUUAAGUUAGCUUGUAGUGUCUUUAAAAUGACAAAACGUAAUUUCAUUUUCAGUAGCGUAACUAUUAACUAUAACCCUGUUCGAUAUUGUUUCCACCAUUGCCAUUUUAUGAUUUUUGAUUUUAUUUCGGAUGAUGUUAUUGAUAAGACUUUUCGAGGUGAAUUAACCUUCAACUCCCAAGAUCUGAUUUUUCAUUCUCCCAUCCAGCUGCUACACGUCUUUUUUUGAAUUAGUGACGAGAAUUUGGUGUUACAUCAAGAUAACUUCUACUUGAAGUCCGAGUAUUCUUAUUACUUGUUUGGUGGCCGGACAAUGACUGCCUAUUAUGGGGAGAACUUACAUCUUGAACACUUCAGCAAAUGCUAAGUGAGCUGUGAUGUUGCCAAGGAGGUCAUGCGAACUUUUCUUUAUCAAUGGUGGAUUCAGUGUUGGUUAGAUCCCUUCCCUCCCCCCCCUCCAUCGCACGUUUAACUUUCAAUGAUACUUGUAAUAUUUUAAGAAACUUGUAUCUGAUAAAAGUGUGUUAGUACUUUGAUAGUUGUAAUGUAAACACAGGGAUUUGGCUAAUAAAUAGUACAAUUUUUAGUACCUUGA